AUGCGCCCUCUUCCUCGGCAAACGACCAGUCCCCCCGCCACCGUCUUUCCUUCCCAGAUCAGCCCUGCCUCUUCUAGCAGUACAGCAGGAGACGACACAAUCGUUCCAGCAGUAUGCUACGAUGUUUGUAAUAACGCCUAUCGGGUAUCAGCAGAAAUAGGCCUCGUUCCCGAGCUUUGUGCCCCUGAAUCGCCGUUUCGGCAAUACCGUGAUGAAUGUGUCGCCUGCCUCGAGGGAUACGGCCCGGGGGGAAUCCCUGGCGAUUUUCCAUUGGGCGAGGCCAUUGCCUACUGCAACACCAACCCCACGCCCAGCGUCGAUUACACCAUUCCGACAUCGUGGCUUACAAAUUCUACCACCCUGGCGGUCAUCACCGUCUCCGGAAUAAUAGAAAAUGAUAUCACAGGCGAUAAGGUCUACACCAUCGUAACGGACGUACUCGUCACGCGAUCCGACUGGACCGGCUUUGAUCGGAGCACCACGACCACCCCACCUACUAGUCUAACGACAGGGGUCGAUGGCAUCGAAACGGGCGACAGCGAGCCCGGCGACUCGAGUAGCUCGGGUGGGAGUCGGGCAUGGAUCGCUGGCCCGGUGAUUGGGGGCGUGGCAGGCCUCGCUAUCCUUGUGGGGAUAUACUUCUUCUUCGCCCGCCGACGGAAACGACCUCAUAAUGUGGAGGAGACGUGGUCCGGCAAACCAGAGCUACCCGCGGAGAGCGCAGCAGGGCCGCCAAAGACACUGCUGGAGGUCGAGGCCGAAUCUCGACCUCCGCAAGAGCUCGAUGGGGCUCAAUACACGUCAGGCUACCAGCAAACACAUGGGGCGCCGGCGGAGCUGGCCGCGAACGAGGUCGCUGCGCGGGAGAUGGAUGUGAAGAGCCCGGGUGAGGAACUGGGAGCGGAAUCACUAUCACGUCCACCAGCGGGGAAUAUAUAA